GAUUCAUGUGAAAAGGUAGCUGAAUAUUCAGGAAAAUUGUGCCUCUAAACUAAUGCUAUACUGUUUUACUGUUGUCUUUACAGAUUAGAGGAGGUGACCCAUAUCUUGACCUGAAAGAGGAAAGACAUCAUACAGAUGACCAGUUUAUUCAAAAUCCCAAAUCUUAUAAAAUUUCCAGAAGAAAUAAUUGCCUUCUCAGUGCUACCUGGAGCAUUUUUGACCUGCACCACAUGAAGUUCCAAAGACUUCCACCAGACAUUGUACCCCAUCUGCUAGCUCAAUUUGUUAGUUUUUGGCAAACACAUGUUUAAGGUGAUUCUGUGUGACUACCGCAGCCGCCCCCGCCCAUUCUCGAGCAGCAGCCCACAGCAAUCACAACCUGCACCAUGCAGUGGAGACGGAGAUAUUGCUGUCCCGUCAAGAUGAUGUGGACCGCCAAGCGCUCGCUGUUUCGGACCCAAGUGGCGGGCCUUGUCUCAAUGGCGCUGCUCUUCACCCUCUUCUCAUUUUUCAGUCGGCAGGACUGGCUGCCUGGUCGUACUGGGCCACGGGAAAAUCGUUUCCGCAAUCCCAAGGGGGAAGCCAACCAGAGUAGCUCCCUUAGAAGCCUUUGGCGGGAGACAGGUAUUGUAGCACCAAAGCCUCUGCUCAAUGUGAGUUCGCAGCAGGUGGAAGGAGCAGCCGGGGAGGCAGCAGGUGGACCUGGCGGAGCAUCGGGUGUCCGACCGGCUGUAAUGGGACUUGGUGACUCCAUGAGCACUAACAAAAGUUUACAGAAGGAAAUGGGCAUUGGUGGAAAGCUCAGUGCUCAGCCCUACCGUUACAUCCUGAACCAGCCUUUCAAGUGCAGCGACAGCACACCAUUCCUUGUCCUACUCAUUGCUGCUGAACCUAGCCAGGUUGAUGCUCGUAAUGCCAUCCGUCACACGUGGGGCAAUGACAGUGUAGCAACGGGCCUUGGCUUUGUACGUCUCUUCUUGCUCGGCAUGGGAAAAAGCUCUGACACCUUUCUCCAGAGCAGUAUUGAGGAGGAGAGCCAUGUUUACCAUGACAUAAUCCAGCAGGACUUUCAGGACACAUAUUACAACCUAACUAUCAAAACUUUAAUGGCCAUGAACUGGGUGGCGACAUAUUGCCCACACGCCUCUUAUGUGAUGAAGACAGACAGCGACAUGUUUGUCAAUACAGAGUAUCUCAUUCAAAAGCUGCUUAAGCCUGAGCUACCUCCCAAGCAGAGGUAUUUUACAGGCUAUCUUAUGAGAGGCUACUCACCAAACCGAAAUAAGCAGAGCAAGUGGUACAUGCCACCCGAGCUGUACCCAAGUGAGCGUUACCCAACCUUCUGCUCUGGCACAGGGUAUGUGUUCUCAGGGGACAUGGCAGAACUGAUUUACCAGGUCUCUCUUGGCAUACGCAGGCUUCACCUUGAGGAUGUUUAUGUGGGAAUAUGCCUUGCAAAGUUGCGCAUCGACCCAACUCCGCCUCCCAAUGAAUUUCUCUUCAACCAUUGGAGAGUGUCUUAUUCCAGUUGUAAGUACAGCCACCUAAUCACCUCGCAUCAGUUCCACCCAAAUGAACUUAUCAAGUACUGGAACCACUUGCAGAGCAACAAGCACAAUGCCUGUACCAACAUGGCAAAGGAAAAGAAUGGCAGGUACAGGCAUCGAAGGUUCCAUGGAGAGCGGCUUCCUUGAUAUCUUGUGGUGUAAGAGGUGUGCAUUCUAACAACUGGAGGACUUUUUGGCCUCUGCACAACUCACUAUAUAGAAAAAGCACAUUGUUUUGGGUAUUAUGUACAGUUGAUGUUUCAAAGUAUUUUUUGGUGGGGCAGAGGAGCUCAAGUAUUGUAUAAUGUGCUUCAACAUGGUGCAAUGACAGACACAUUUUGAGAUAGGGAGCAUGGGGCCUGAUGCUUACGCUAAAAGUGAGUUUUGACAACAUCAAACGUUAAUAGUGUAUGCCCCACAUUUAAAUCUAAUAAAAAGCUUCAGAUGAAACAAAUAUGUUUACACAAAGGGAACUGUCAAUGUAUUUUGUUGAAAGUUAAACUACCUAAAUAUGAAUGAAAAUAUCUUUGGCAUUGACCACUUCUUCUGACUGCCUUCUGUGUUUCUGUUCAUAUUUACUUUCCAGAUUUAUCAAAUACCACAAAUUAAAUGUGUUUAUCUAAUGUAUCCUGUAUUUUAUCUAAAAAAUAAACAUGAACGCACAUAAAAACGACUGAGAUUGUCUUUCUGUUCAAGCUUUACACUGAGUCAGAGGCAAACAUACAGAAUUCUACCAUUAUCCAUACUUUUUAUCCUGUUAGACUCCAGCUCUUUACACUGCAAAUUUAUAACAUCUUAAUCUGAUGUCUUUUUUUUUUUUUUUUAAUCCAAUAAUUUUCUCCAUCUUGUUUUUUGAGUGUUAAAGACUAGUUAUCAGAUUAAUGCGUCAGAUUAUUCCAUUUAACGUUAAGUAAAUAUUACUAUUUGAUCUUAUUAGGACCAUCUAAAAGUUGCUAAUUUUUUCACCUAA